AUGGUCGCCACAAAUGAGCCUUCCAAGGCUCAGGACCAGAUCUGCGCAACAACCGAAACAACAGCAACACCCUUAACAUGGCGAGAGAAAAUGCAAAAGGUCAUCAAGAACAUAACAGUGGAACCCAUUGUGGCCGCCUACAUCAUGCCCAGUGUUCUGUCCAAUUUGGCAACACAAAAUUUGAAUCUGGAAAAGGCGUGUCGAGUUAACAUGGACUAUGGCGAUGUGGUGUGUGAUGCUCUGACGCGGAGAGAGACAACAAAUUAUACCAUGGAAGAGGAGACCAUCCAAAAAAUGGUUGCUCACAUGGUGGCCUGGAAAACUGUGAUACAAUCCCUGUUCCCGUGUUUGUUAAUUUUAUUUUGGGGUUCGUGGAGUGAUCGCCAUCAUCGUCGGAAACCCUGUAUUCUAAUACCAAUUGUUGGAGAAUUUUUGGGUACAGUGGGUCUUAUCUUGUGUGUGUAUUUUAAAGACACCCCAAUGGAGGUAGCGGGUUUGACUGAGGCCAUAUUUCCUUCGCUGAGCGGAGGGUGGUUUGUUAUGCUAAUGGGUGUGUUCAGUUAUAUUGCCGAUAUCACAACGGAGGAGGAGCGUACCUUACGUAUUGGUAUCUUGAAUGUAUGCUUUUCGGUUGGUGUGCCCAUAGGAACGGCUCUGAGUGGGGUGUUGCUAAAAAAAAUUGGUUUCUAUGGUGUCUUCUCAAUUUCGGCCAGUUUAUAUGUUGUGUCCUUGUUCUACGGCUUCUUCUUUUUGCCUGAGCCGAGACCACGUUGCAUUCAGCCCGAAGAUAAACAUAAGCCCAGAAAUCUACUGGCCGAUUUCUUCGAUAAGGAACAUGUGAUCGAGACAUUCCGUGUAGCCUUUAAGAAGGGUGAAAAUAAGAGACGUGCCCGUGUUAUUUUACUUAUGAUCGUUGUUAUGGUUGUCAUUGGACCCAUUUAUGGUGAAAUGAAUGUAAUGUACCUGUUCACCCGCUAUCGCUUCAAUUGGAACGAAGUUGAUUUUAGUGUUUUCAAUACCUUUGCUGUGGUUACUGGUCUAGUCGGUGUCCUCUUCUGUGUCGGUAUCCUCUCACAUAAGCUGAAGCUAGAUGAUGCCCUUAUCGGUGUCCUCUCAAGUACAUCAAAAAUUUUAUCUGGAUUCGUUUAUGCCUUCGCUACCCUGCCAUGGCAUAUGUAUGUCGGAGCCAUUGUUGAAAUAUUCAAUGGAACAUCUUUCAUUGCUAUGCGUUCGAUGGCCACAAAAUUGGUAUCCAAAGAUGAAUUGGGUAAGGUGAAUUCACUGUUUGGUGUUGCUGAGGCCCUUAUGCCGGUGGUCUAUGCUCCCAUGUAUAGUACGCUGUAUGCGGCAACAAUUAAGGUCUUCCCGGGAGCAUUCUAUAUACUCGGUGGUGCCAUUACCAUAUUGGCUGUUAUAAUAUUUUUGUGGAUGUACAAUUUCCAACGCCAACAAUUGCGCAAACGAAAGUCUCUGGACACCGCUGAGGCAUGUAAAGAUUUGGCGGAGAGCAAAGAUCCCAAUGGCAAUAUUAGUACCAUGGAUGCCAUUGCCUUGGCCUCGGAAGCCAAGGGUCAUUUGAAUGGCAUUGUUAGCAGUGUCCUACACGAACAUAUCUGUGAUCACAGUUGUCGAGUCGAAGGCAGCACCUGUCAAAAUGGUGGACUCGAUAAUAAGGCAUUUAUGCCCGAUGUUGUUGAGAGCACGGCCGAUGCGAAAUCGGAAACAAAUACGCAUUUAUAAAAAA